UUUUCGGUUUCAAUUUUAAUCAUUAAUUAAGUUGAUCUCAACCGUCCACGUGGAUGAAUGGAGGGAGCAUCGAACGAUUUGGAUUUGUUCCGCUUUGAAGUCGGUUAAUUAGUGUGAUCAUCUUUAUAUAAACAAACUCAGUCGUACGAAAGCAAACAAAACGGUACAACAACAAUGGGAGGAGAUAGAGAUGCCAAGAGACAGAAGACGACGGAGAUGGACAACAAGGUAGAGGAGAAGGUCGAGAAGACGGAGACGGCGAAGGUCGACAACAACAAGAAUGAAGAAUCAGCAGGAUCCGUCGAUUUCGAAGAACUACGUGACGAUCUCUUCCGUGAAGCAGCAAAACUUGUCUCCGACGAUCCCUCCACCAAAAUCGCCAUCUUCUUCACUCCUCCUUCUUCUUCUUCCCAGUCGGACGUAUCUAUGUACUCCUUUGGCCAUCCCUCUGUCGAUGGCGUUGUUAAAACUUUCCUAAAGGAUGAAGAAGACGAGGAUGAUGCGGAGGAAGAGGAUGAUGAUGAUGCGGAGGAAGAAGAUGGCUCGUCGCAAGGGUUUUGGUGGGAGGAUAAGAAGCUACUCGAGUCGACGAAUCCGGAAGAGUUACAAGCCGCGUAUGAUAGGAUGGUGAGGCUGAGGGACCGUAUGGUUCUCCAAAUAGACGACGAAGCCAAAUUGAAACUAGCUCAUGAUUCUGGGAAUCAGCAGGAGGAUCUUCUUCUUCCCAACGACAAAGAAGCUCAACCCAAACCCUAAGGCGGCUGAUGCAUUUCCAAGUCUACUUGCCCCGUAAUUAUAGCUUUUAAAAAAAAAAUUAUAUUCGUAAUAGGAGUUUCGAUUCGAGAUUAGGUUAAUUUCUAAUCAUCUUAUCGCUUGGUUUUUUUUUUUAACAUCAAUGAAUCUUGUCUUAUGGUUUCAUUUUAACAUCAAUGAAUCUUAUCUUAUGGUUUCAUUUUAACAUCAA